UCGUACAGCGGGCACCCGAGUGCCAAGCCAGCAACUUAUAAGAUCACCCCACGUGGCUUUAGCUGAGUCUCUUUAAACCGGGGCCGGAUGUGCCCUCUCCUCCUCAGGCAGCCACCAAUCACAGGCGGCUCGGCGAGCUCUGCUGACGCCAGUUCCUUUGUGUCUAGCCGGCAGGCUUGAAGAAGAAUUCUGACACAAGCUGCUGGAGUUCAGGCGCCGGUCCCUUUAAAUCAGCGCCGAGUGUCGGUGGGAGGCGGUACACGAUGCCCUUUGACUUCAGGAGGUUUGACAUCUACCGGAAGGUGCCCAAAGAUCUCACACAACCAACUUACACUGGAGCCAUCAUUUCCAUCUGCUGCUGUCUCUUCAUCACCUUUCUGUUCUUGUCUGAGCUGACUGGGUUUAUUGCCAGUGAAGUUGUUAAUGAACUAUAUGUAGAUGAUCCUGAUAAGGAGAGUGGAGGAAAAAUAGAUGUUAGCCUGAAUGUCAGCUUGCCCCACCUCAACUGUGACUUGGUGGGCCUGGAUAUUCAGGAUGAAAUGGGCAGACAUGAAGUUGGGCAUAUUGAUAAUUCCAUGAAAAUUCCCCUCAAUAAUGGCAAUGGUUGCCGGUUUGAAGGACAGUUUACCAUAAACAAGGUGCCUGGUAACUUCCAUGUGUCCACACACAGUGCCACAGCUCAGCCACAGAACCCUGACAUGAGUCACUUCAUUCAUAAGCUAAGUUUUGGGGACAGUUUGCAGAUUACACACAUUCAUGGUGCCUUCAAUGCUCUGGGUGGAGCAGACCGACUGGCUUCCAACCCUCUGGCCUCUCAUGACUACAUCUUAAAGAUAGUACCAACUGUGUAUGAAGACCUUAGUGGAAAGCAGAAGUUUUCAUACCAGUAUACUGUAGCUAAUAAGGAAUAUGUUGCAUACAGUCACACGGGUCGAAUUAUUCCCGCCAUCUGGUUCCGGUAUGACCUCAGCCCCAUCACAGUGAAAUACACAGAGCGGCGACAACCGAUGUAUCGAUUUAUAACCACGGUCUGUGCCAUUAUUGGAGGAACAUUCACUGUAGCUGGGAUAUUGGACUCUUGUAUUUUCACUGCCUCUGAAGCCUGGAAGAAGAUCCAGCUUGGAAAAAUGCAGUAGGAACUGUUCGAGUUCCCGACAUCAUCCAAAAAGCAUGAAGAAGAGUGGAAGACUUUAAAAAGAGUAUUGAGUCAUUAGGAAAUUGCUAUUUUUAUUAUGUGUAACAAAGACCUAAAUAUACAAAAAUAUGUUGAAUAUAUCAUGACAAGUCUGGUCAGGCCUUUUAGGAUUCCUAGCAAUGAUCUGAAGAGUAGGAGUUACAUAUAUUGUAUGUUCAUAAAUUAAA